GCAUACUCCAGUCCAGAGCUGCCCGGAGCCAUGGCCGCGCACCACUGCACCCGCCCCAUGUUCCUCCUCCUCGUCUUCGCCGCCACCACCUUCGCCGCGCGCGACCUCGACGGCGCCAACCCCCUCCCGUCGCCCGCAAGGCUAGCGCCUUACUACGGUUACGGCGCCAUUCCGGGCAUCCCGCCCGGUGGCUUCUACGGCGGCUUCGGCGUCCCGGGAGGAGGUUACGCGCACAGCAGCGUGGAGGUGCCGACGGUGGUGUGCCAGGAGAAAGGCCCGCGCUACGGCAAGAGGGUGGCAUGCCCCAAGAAGUGCUUCUGGUCCUACAGCCGCUCCGGCAACGGCUACGGCGCCGGAGGCCCAUCGACUGCAAGGCCAAGUGCACCGCCUACUGCUGAUCCGCUGCUAGUGACUUAUUUUCCAUUCGAUGAGCUCUAUGUAUACUAUACAUUUGUGGCAUGCAUGCAUGUAUGUCAUGAGACAUAG